GAGUUAGGGGACCUGUGGGAAGAAAGCCAUGGAUCCAGUCAAAGACACAGAAAAGCAAGAGCCCCAAACCUCCAGAUCCCUGACCCUGAAGCUCACAACCAAGGAAACUCUGGCCUCCAAGACCCAGAGCUCCUUUGUGCAGACUAAAAGCACCGAGACUCUCUUGAUCCAGCUGGCCUUCACCAUCGGGCUCGGCAACCUGUGGCGUUUCCCUUAUCUGUGUCAACAGAAUGGAGGAGGCGACUUUAUCCUGGUGUACCUCUUCAUGCUCCUCUUGUUUGGGAUCCCCCUCUUGUACAUGGAGAUGAUCGUCGGGCAGUGGCUGCGCAUGGACAACGUUCAGCUGUGGAAGCAGCUGGUCCCCUGGAUGGGCGGCAUUGGCUACGCCAACGUUCUGGUAUGCGUCUUGGUAAGCAUGUAUCAUAGCGCCAUCGUCGGCUGGAGCCUUGCUUACCUGCGCUACUCCUUCCAUUAUCCCCUGCCCUGGACCACAUGCCCUCGGACAACGAACAAGACCUUCAACAUCACCCGCUUCUCCUGCCUUAAUACUGUGACCCCCCAGUACUUCUGGUACCACAUCGCCCUGACCAUCUCCGACCAACUGGAGGAAGGGGUCCAGGCCCUCGUCCCCAAACUUACCCUGAACAUCUUCACAGUCUGGUUGAUCCUCUUCAUUUUCAUGAGCGUAGGGAUAAAGGCCUCACUGACGGUAAGCCCCCCACCAUGCCCGGACCUCCUCACCUUUGCACAUCCUGACAACCCAGGGAUCCCUGUCCCCACGCCGUCCAACUCCUUCCCGACCACCUCUCUUCUCUGACCC